CACAAUACCCCAAGAGACUUAUAAGUGUUCAAACACGUGAAGUUUGRUCUAGUUGUUUCGCAAAAGAAUAUAAGACUCUACAAUUCUUAGGAGCUAUUUAUCUACAUGUUUUUAAGUACACUGUUUAAAUAUGCAACACGACGAGGUAAUAUGGCAGGUUAUAAAUCAAGGGUUUUGCUCUUUUAAAGUAAAGACAGAAACAAAGAAAUUUUGYCGCAAUGAAUAUAACUCCACAGGACUGUGCAAUAGACAGUCAUGCCCUCUUGCAAACAGUAGAUAUGCUACUGUAAGAGAAAAAGACGGAGUCUGCUACUUGUACAUAAAAACCAUAGAAAGAGCACAUUCACCAUCAAAGUUGUGGGAAAAAAUAAAAUUAGUAAAAAAUUAUGAGUCAGCUUUAGCACAAAUAGACAAACAUCUUUUGUAUUGGCCUAACUUCAAUAUCCACAAAUGUAAACAGAGAUACACUAAAAUUGUCCAAUAUUUAAUACGGAUGAGGAAACUACGACUAAAAACGAGCAAAAAGCUUGUSACAGUUAAUAAAAAAGUUGAAAGAAGGGAAAAAAGAAGGGAGGCAAAAGCGCUUGUUGCAGCCCAGCUUGAUAAUGCCAUUGAAAAGGAGUUACUGGACAGACUUCAACAAGGAACAUAUGGUGAUAUUUACAACAUUGAGAAAGCAGCAUUUGAAAAUGCACUUGAGAAACUAGAAGUGGAAUCAGAAGAUGAAGAAGAGAAAGAAGAUGUAGAGGAAGAGGAGGAAGAAGAGCCAGAAUUUGUUGCAGAAGAUGAAAUAGAAGAGAGUGAUUUAAGUGAUAUUGAGGACUUUGAAGCUGAGAGUGAAAGCGAAGAAGAACAAGAACAAGAAACAGAAACUCCUAUACAAAAGAAAAGAAGAAAUAAAGUGGAAAUUGAAUAUGAAGAGGAAGUUGAAAUGAAGAGAACUAAACUAAAAGCUUGAAUAAAAUUGUUUUUAUUUCUGCAAUUAAAAUAKCCUAC